UUUUGCAACACAAACCAAUCUAGAUCAUGUAGAUCUACUUGAAUUUUUUAGAUUUAUGCUGUAUACUACUAGAUCUAGAUAGAUCUAGAUUCUAGGACAAUCUAGGUUAACUGUAUAAAAUAGGUAACUAGACCUAGGUAGGUUUAGUUAUUACAGCUAGAUCCAGACAUACUUAUACUUUCAGAUUUGAUGGAAACCUUAUAGUAAUGAGUUAUCUACUUCCGACCUUGACAUCUAAGAAAGAAAUAGAUAAAGCUAUUAAAGAAACUGAAGAUGUUGUUUUAGUAUUGAGGUUUGGGCGAGAUACAGACUCAAGUUGUCUACAAUUAGAUGAUAUUCUAUCCAAAACAGCAGAGGAUCUUGUCAAUAUGGCUGCUAUCUACUUAGUGGAUGUUGAUAAAGUGCCUGUUUACAAACAGUAUUUUGACAUUUCACUCAUUCCAUCAACAAUUUUCUUUUUCAAUGGCCAGCACAUCAAAGUAGAUUGGGGAAGUCCAGAUCAUACAAAAUUUGUUGGUAGUUUCAAGCACAAGCAAGAUUUUAUAGAUGUUGUUGAAGUUAUUUACAGAGGAGCUAUGAAAGGAAAGGUUAUGAUCACAAGCCCACUAGAUCCACAAAAUAUCCCAAAAUAUCAUUUAAUCUACAAAGAUAUAUAGAAUCAACUAUAAAGAAGGCUAUGUGCUUUCUUGAAAACUUUAGAGGAACCAGUUCACUCCUAAGGUUUGAAAUACUUUCAGUGUCAUGUUCAGAUUUUGGGCACCAUGUCCUAAAUUGUGCCGAUGUGCUGAAAACUCAACUCAAACUCGGAUUAUAAACAGCUAAAAGGUUUUAAAAGAAAAUCCUGAGGAAAACAUCUAGAGAUGAUCAUUAGGCCGUUUGUACCACAUAGAUCAUUGAUGAUAAGAUAGCCUUUGUUGUUUAACAACUAGUGGCUUUCAAUAAAGCUCUUAACUUUGAUUGUUGCAAGACACACUUUAACUUCUAGUUUAAAAAAAAAAAAAAAAAACUAGCAUUACAGUAAAAUAUAUUAAUGUUGGUUUAAAAAAUGUCAUUUUGGUGUGGUGAUGUACUGCAAUAAAAUUUCAGAAAUUUAUUUUAAAUACUUUCUCAGUUCUUUAAGCAUUUAUUUUGUGACUAACACAAAAGCUUUUUUGAGUUUCUAUAAAGAUAAACAAAAUUUACCCCUAUAAAAUUAUAAAUGAAAAGACUUCAGGGCACAAAGGAGUGGAAAACAAUGAACACUUAUACUUUCAUUCACAGUAACCGUGACUCAUUUUGUUUUUCAUGGGUCUGAACAAGAGAGUAAUGUUUUGACUAAUUUUUAGAAUUGCAUUUUUGCUAUUGUAUUUUUAUUUUUGUUAAAUGAUGAUUAAAUACUAAAUACAGAAAUAAAACAAAAUCAAUAAAAA